AUCAAAUUUGUGCGCACUCUUUUGGCGUUGUUCACAGUUCAACUCUCAUUCCGAGUUUUCCUCUUCUUAAGAAAACUAGCGUUCUUCUCUCUCUCUCUCUCUCUCUCUCUCUCUCUCUCUCUCUCUCUCUCUCUCUCUCUCUCUCUCCCUGAAUUUGUUUUUGGAUCCGAAACCACCAACGACGUCGUUGCACCACCUCUUCCUUGAAACGUGUUGCGUUUGAUUACCUAAUCGUUCCCUAUCGCCGGCGACGUCGAUUCAAUUUCAAUGGCCACGGAGCAGUUGAUGUCCAGUGGCGGUCCUCGCUACGUUCAGAUGAAAUCCUCGCCACCGCCGUCUCCGCCGGCUGCGACUGCCGAGGAGAUGUCAUCGGUUCCGUCGUUCCGACACAGCGGCGCCGAGGCCAAUCGGAUUUUCGAGGAAUUGCCGAAAGCCUCCAUCGUCUCCGUGUCUCGCCCCGACGCCAGCGAUAUUAGCCCCAUGCAACUCUCUUACACCAUUCAGGUUCAGUACAGACAGUUCAAGUGGGAGUUAAUGAAGAAAGCUCAUCAAGUAUUUAUUUUGCAUUUCGCAUUAAAAAAACGUGCCUUCAUUGAGGAAAUCCAUGAGAAGCAGGAACAGGUUAAAGAAUGGCUUCAAAAUCUAGGAAUUGGAGAACACAAUGCUAUGGAGCAAGAUGACGAUGAAGGUGAUGAUGAAACAAUCCCAUUGCAUACUGAUGAAACUCAUGAAAGUGCUAUGGACAGAGAUGUUCCAUCUAGUGCUGCUCUACCAAUUAUACGACCAGCCUUGGGAAGACAGCAGUCUAUUGCAGAGAGGGCAAAGAGAGCAAUGCAAGGAUAUUUGAAUCACUUUUUGGGAAAUAUCAGUAUUGUGAAUUCUCAUGAGGUUUGCAAGUUUUUGGAGGUAUCAAAGUUGUCUUUUUCACCUGAAUAUGGCCCCAAGCUAAAGGAAGAAUAUGUGAUGGUGAAACAUUUGCCCAAAAUCCUGAAGGAUGAUGACUCCAGAAAGUGUUGUUUGUCUGACUGUUUCAGUUGCUGUAAUGACAACUGGCAAAAGGUAUGGGCUGUACUGAAACCUGGAUUUUUGGCAUUGCUGGCAGAUCCUUUUGAUACACAGCCUCUGGACAUAAUUGUUUUUGAUGUACUGCCAGCCUCGGAUGGGAAUGGGGAUGGUCGUUUAUCACUGGCAAGUGAAAUGAAGGAACGGAAUCCAUUACGCCAUUCAUUCAAGGUGGCUUGUGGAAUCCGCAGUAUCAGAAUUAGAGUGAAAAGUAGAAGUAAAGUCAAAGAUUGGGUUGCUGCAAUUAAUGAUGCUGGACUCAGGCCUCCGGAAGGCUGGUGUCAUCCUCACCGUUAUGGUUCAUUUGCUCCUCCAAGAGGCUUAAUUGAAGAUGGAAGUCAAGCCCAGUGGUUUAUUGAUGGGCGAGCAGCAUUUGAGGCCAUUGCUUCUGCAAUUGAGGCUGCAAAAUCAGAGAUAUUUAUCUGUGGGUGGUGGCUGUGCCCAGAACUGUAUCUACGGCGACCUUUUCACACUCAUGCUUCAUCAAGGCUUGAUAAUUUGUUGGAAGGAAAAGCUAAGCAAGGGGUUCAGAUUUACAUUCUUCUCUACAAAGAGGUGGCUCUUGCUUUGAAAAUCAACAGUGUUUAUAGCAAGAAAAAGCUUCUUGGCAUUCAUGAGAAUGUGAGGGUAUUACGCUAUCCUGACCACUUUUCUACUGGUGUUUACCUGUGGUCACACCAUGAAAAACUUGUCAUUAUUGAUAACCAUAUUUGCUUUAUUGGAGGACUGGAUUUAUGCUUUGGUCGUUAUGACACAUCUGAGCAUAACGUAGGAGAUUUCCCUCCUCUAACCUGGCCGGGAAAAGACUAUUAUAACCCAAGAUCGUUCCCUAUCGCCGGCGACGUCGAUUCAAUUUCAAUGGCCACGGAGCAGUUGAUGUCCAGUGGCGGUCCUCGCUACGUUCAGAUGAAAUCCUCGCCACCGCCGUCUCCGCCGGCUGCGACUGCCGAGGAGAUGUCAUCGGUUCCGUCGUUCCGACACAGCGGCGCCGAGGCCAAUCGGAUUUUCGAGGAAUUGCCGAAAGCCUCCAUCGUCUCCGUGUCUCGCCCCGACGCCAGCGAUAUUAGCCCCAUGCAACUCUCUUACACCAUUCAGGUUCAGUACAGACAGUUCAAGUGGGAGUUAAUGAAGAAAGCUCAUCAAGUAUUUAUUUUGCAUUUCGCAUUAAAAAAACGUGCCUUCAUUGAGGAAAUCCAUGAGAAGCAGGAACAGGUUAAAGAAUGGCUUCAAAAUCUAGGAAUUGGAGAACACAAUGCUAUGGAGCAAGAUGACGAUGAAGGUGAUGAUGAAACAAUCCCAUUGCAUACUGAUGAAACUCAUGAAAGUGCUAAGGACAGAGAUGUUCCAUCUAGUGCUGCUCUACCAAUUAUACGACCAGCCUUGGGAAGACAGCAGUCUAUUGCAGAGAGGGCAAAGAGAGCAAUGCAAGGAUAUUUGAAUCACUUUUUGGGAAAUAUCAGUAUUGUGAAUUCUCAUGAGGUUUGCAAGUUUUUGGAGGUAUCAAAGUUGUCUUUUUCACCUGAAUAUGGCCCCAAGCUAAAGGAAGAAUAUGUGAUGGUGAAACAUUUGCCCAAAAUCCUGAAGGAUGAUGACUCCAGAAAGUGUUGUUUGUCUGACUGUUUCAGUUGCUGUAAUGACAACUGGCAAAAGGUAUGGGCUGUACUGAAACCUGGAUUUUUGGCAUUGCUGGCAGAUCCUUUUGAUACACAGCCUCUGGACAUAAUUGUUUUUGAUGUACUGCCAGCCUCGGAUGGGAAUGGGGAUGGUCGUUUAUCACUGGCAAGUGAAAUGAAGGAACGGAAUCCAUUACGCCAUUCAUUCAAGGUGGCUUGUGGAAUCCGCAGUAUCAGAAUUAGAGUGAAAAGUAGAAGUAAAGUCAAAGAUUGGGUUGCUGCAAUUAAUGAUGCUGGACUCAGGCCUCCGGAAGGCUGGUGUCAUCCUCACCGUUAUGGUUCAUUUGCUCCUCCAAGAGGCUUAAUUGAAGAUGGAAGUCAAGCCCAGUGGUUUAUUGAUGGGCGAGCAGCAUUUGAGGCCAUUGCUUCUGCAAUUGAGGCUGCAAAAUCAGAGAUAUUUAUCUGUGGGUGGUGGCUGUGCCCAGAACUGUAUCUACGGCGACCUUUUCACACUCAUGCUUCAUCAAGGCUUGAUAAUUUGUUGGAAGGAAAAGCUAAGCAAGGGGUUCAGAUUUACAUUCUUCUCUACAAAGAGGUGGCUCUUGCUUUGAAAAUCAACAGUGUUUAUAGCAAGAAAAAGCUUCUUGGCAUUCAUGAGAAUGUGAGGGUAUUACGCUAUCCUGACCACUUUUCUACUGGUGUUUACCUGUGGUCACACCAUGAAAAACUUGUCAUUAUUGAUAACCAUAUUUGCUUUAUUGGAGGACUGGAUUUAUGCUUUGGUCGUUAUGACACAUCUGAGCAUAACGUAGGAGAUUUCCCUCCUCUAACCUGGCCGGGAAAAGACUAUUAUAACCCAAGAGAAUCUGAACCAAAUUCAUGGGAAGAUACAAUGAAAGAUGAAUUGGAUCGUGAGAAAUAUCCUCGUAUGCCUUGGCACGAUGUUCAUUGUGCCCUUUGGGGACCACCUUGCCGUGACAUUGCUAGGCACUUUGUUCAGCGAUGGAAUUAUGCAAAGAGGAACAAAGCUUUAUAUGAGGAAGCAAUACCAUUACUAAUGCCUCAGCAUCAUAUGGUUAUUCCACAUUACUUGGGAAGAAGCCGAGAGAUACAGAUUCAAAGUGGGAACAUAGACAAUCAAACAGUUCUUAAAAGAGAAGAUUCUUUUUCCUCAUCUUCCCAAGACCAAGAUAUUCCUCUACUUUUGCCCCAGGAGUCUGAUGGGUCGGAUACUCAUGAAGGAGACCAAAAGUUGAAUGGUGUAAUCUCCUCUUCACAUUGCCUGGACAAGCCAAGAAGGAUCAGCACUGGUCUCCCCUUUUCAUUUCGCAAGGCUAAAAUUGUAGCACUUGGUUCAGACACACCAAUGAAGGGCUUUGUAGAUGAUCUGGAUUCUGAGCAUGAUCGCGAGAAAAUGUCUCUAGAUAGAGUGGCUCAUUCUGAUUUGCAAAAUACAGAUCCAGAAUGGUGGGAGACGCAAGAACGGGGUGACCAGGGAGGUUUUCCUGAGGAAUCAGGACAAGUUGGUCCUCUUGCUUCCUGCCGUUGCCAAGUUAUUAGGAGCGUGAGUCAAUGGUCUGCGGGAACAAGUCAAACCGAAGAGAGCAUCCAUAGUGCUUAUUGUUCUCUUAUUGAGAAAGCUGAAUACUUCAUCUACAUUGAGAAUCAGUUUUUUAUCUCAGGUCUUUCUGGGGAUGAGAUGAUACGCAAUCGUGUGUUAGAAGCUUUAUACCGACGAAUUAUGCGAGCUUACAAUGACAGAAAAACUUUCAGGGUUAUAAUUGUCAUACCACUGCUGCCUGGCUUCCAGGGGGGCCUUGAUGAUAGUGGUGCAGCAUCUGUAAGAGCCAUAAUGCACUGGCAGUAUCGAACCAUUUGCAGGGGGCAGAAUUCUAUCUUGCAUAAUCUUUAUGAACUUCUUGGUCCUAAAAUACAUGACUACAUCUCUUUCUAUGGUCUAAGGUCUUAUGGUAGACUUAAUGGGGGUCCUGUGGCAACCAGCCAGGUGUAUGUUCACAGUAAAAUCAUGAUUGUUGAUGACAGUAUAACUUUGAUUGGAUCUGCUAAUAUUAAUGAUAGGAGCUUACUUGGCUCCAGAGAUUCUGAGAUUGCCGUAGUUAUAGAAGACAGAGAGUUGAUUGGUUCUUAUAUGGAUGGAAAACCUUGGAAAGCUGGAAAGUUUUCCUUGACCCUUCGAUUGUCCUUAUGGUCUGAGCACUUGGGUCUCCCUACAGGAGAGGACAAUCAAAUAAUGGACCCAGUUGUUGAAUCUACUUACAAGGAUAUUUGGAUGGCUACGGCAAAGACAAAUACUACAAUUUACCAGGAUGUCUUUUCUUGCGUACCUAAUGAUCUGAUACACACCAGACAUGCCUUCAGACAAAGUGUGCUUUUUUGGAAAGAAAGGAUUGGUCACACGACCAUUGAUUUAGGAAUAGCCCCAGAAAAAUUGGAAUCCUAUCGUGAUGGAGGCAUUAAGAACACCGAUCCCUUGGAGAGAUUAGCAUCAGUGAAGGGUCACCUGGUCUCUUUUCCCUUGGAGUUCAUGUGUCAGGAAAGUCUGAGACCUGCUUUUAAUGAAAGCGAAUACUACGCUACUCAAGUUUUCCAUUGAGUACGAUGUCUCCCAGUACAUAACAUAUCUUGGGUUUUCUUUUUCAAUUUUUAUAGGUUAUAAUUUAAUACCUGCAGAAUUCUUUUUAUUACAAUUCUGUUGGUGAGAAAAAGAAAAGGGGGGGGUGGGGGUUCGGAGACACGGUAUAAUCACGAUAUUCUUGUAGAGAAUGUAUCUGUAACUGUUCACUGUAUAAAUGAUAUCAAUUUAAUUUUUAUAAAAAAAUCUGUUCAAUAAUAUUCGUAGAC